AUGCGUCGAGCAAAUGCAGCCAUCUUGAGAGAAAAUUAUCCACUCCCUACAUUUGACACUCUUAUGACCAAACUGAAAGGUGCUCAGUUUUUAUCACGCCUAGACCUUAAGAAUGCAUAUCAUCAACUAGAGCUGACUGAAGAUAGUCGAGAAAUAACAACAUUCAUUACCCAUAAGGGAUUGUUUCGGUAUAAACGAUUAUUAUUUGGAGUAAAUUCAGCUCCCGAGAUAUUCCAAAAGACAAUGGAAAAUAUCUUGGCUCCCUGUCAAAAUGCAAUGAAUUAUUUGGAUGAUAUAAUUGUUUUUGGACUCAGUGAGGAGGAACAUGACAGAGAAUUAAGGGACAAGUGCAGUUUCAAAGUUGAUGAAUUGAAGUUUUUGAGCCAUGUUUCAACUACGGCUGGAAUUAGUGCAGACCCCAACAAAGUUAAAACGAUCUUGGAAUUUCGGUCUCCAAACACAAAAGAAGAAACAAGGAGUUUUUUGGGUCUUGUCACUUAUUUAGGAAAGUUUAUUCCAGAUUUGGCAGAUACAACUGAACCGUUAUGGAAGCUUAUCAAAAAAGAUAUUCGAUUUAUCUGGGGUGAGAAAGAAGAAUAUGCGUUCAAGCGUUUAAAACAGUCAUUAGCGAAAAUACCGAUGCUGUCUUAUUUUAACCCCAAGAACCGUACUCGUUUAGUUGCUGAUGCAAGCCCUGUUGCUUUAGGAGCAGUUCUCUUACAGUUUCAUAAUGAUUGUCCUGAAGUAAUUUCGUUUGCUAGCAAAAGUCUUUCUGCGGUGGAAAGGAGAUAUUCCCAGACUGAAAAAGAGAGUUUGGCGUUGGUGAUCUUUCAAGCGGGAAAAUUGAAUAUCGCAGAUUCAUUGUCAAGAUUGUGCAAGAUUGAAGAUACGGAUUCUUUCGACAGGCAUUGCGAGUACAAUGUAUGUACACUGAUAGAAAAUGUGGUACCACGUGCUCUUACAAUAAGGGAAGUUGUCAGAGAAAACGCAAAUGAUCAAGAGAUUAUGGAAGCGGUAGAAAAUAUAAAGAAAGACGAUUGGACAGCCAGUAGUAAAAAUAAGUUGUUUCCAUUUCGAUUUGAACUUUGUACUUUGGGAAACAUUUUACUUCGUGGCUCCAGGCUUGUCAUACCAAAAUCACUACAAUCUAGGGUACUAGAACUGGGUCACGAAGGCCAUCCAGGAGAGACAGCAAUGAAGCGGAGACUGCGGUUAAAGGUCUCGUGGCCAUUAAUGGACAGGGAAGUGGAAUCAUUUGUAAAACUUUGUCGCGAUUGCCUUUUAGUUUCAAGACCGACUCCACCUGUGCCAAUGCAGCGACAUGCUUUUCCGGACGGACCCUGGCAAUGUGUAGCAAUGGAUUUAUUGGGUCCAUUACCAAAUUACGAUUUUGCUUUUGUUAUCAUUGAUUAUUAUUCAAGAUACCAGGAGACUAAGUUUGUAAAAAAAAUUACAUCUUCCGAAAUAAUUGGUAUUUUGGAAGAAAUUUUCUGUAGAUUGGGAUAUCCUAAAUCUAUAAAAGCAGAUAAUGGUCGACAAUUUGUAAGCAGUGAAUUUAAAGGCUUUUGUGACAAGAACAACAUUGAUCUGAUAACAUCACCUCCUUACUGGCCACAGGCCAAUGGCGAAGUUGAAAAUAUGAAUAAAUCUAUUUUGAAGCGACUGCAAAUAGCUCAUGGAAAAGGGGCGGACUACAGAAAAGAAGUACAGAAAUUUACUCUUAUAGACAAAAUUCCCUCUGUACAAGAUGUAAGUGAAACUAUUUUAGAUUCAGAGGCUAGAGAUUUAGACAAGAUUAACAAACAAAAAGGAAAGGAGAGAGGAGAUAGAGUUCGUGGUGCAAAGGAAGCGGAUAUUUUCAUUGGCGAUAAAGUUUUACUUCGUAAUUUAAUUCCUCAAAAUAAACUUACAACAGAUUUCGAUUCAACUGAAUUCAAGGUGAUGGAACAGAAUCGAAACGAAGUAGUACUACAAGGAGAUGAUGGCAGAAUUUUUAGGCGAAAUUUAAACCAUGUGAAAAAAAUACCAAUGCUGCAUCAGACUGAAAUCAAAACAACAAAUAAUGAAGAUAUUUUGGAGCAGCCAAGCAAUGAAUCCAACAAUGAUGUUGAAGAGACCACCGAACCAAGAAAUUCGGGUUUGAAGCUGAAGCUUAAAAAUAUAGGAGGGAUGUGGCGACCUUGUCAGUAG